CAUCGACGACGGAACCGGCACAACGAGAGCUCGAGAGCGAUGAGAAGGCCUUAAGGAGACAGAGCGACGAGUAACAGGAACGUGUAUCACGACACUCAGAUUAGACACUGCAAGCCUUGGCAGUAACGACACGAACACGACAGCCGACGACACCAUCACGCCAAGACUCCACAGCUCAAGCCCCACCGCCGCUCCCCCAUGACCACCACCGCCAUCACCCUCGACGCGAUCGUCGCCGCAGCCCCGGCUGAAGUCCGUGAGAUCCUAGAAGAGGACGAGGACACGCGUGCAUACCUCUCCACCGCGCUGCAGGGCAAGACGGGAGACGAUGCCAAGCGCGCCGUCGCGCCGUUUCUCGGGCUGGGCGCGAGGGAGCUCGACGCGCUGUUCGCCAGGCUGACAGUGGGCGACUCGGCCUCGGCUGCCACCACGCCUGCCGACACACCGGCCGAUACGCCGAAGCGAGGCACCUCGCCCACCAAGAAGGGGCGCAAGGUGAAAGAGGCCAAGACUGUCCCCGCGGGUCCAGUGAUCCAGGCCUACUCCCAGCAGUCGCGGUUCCACAACGAGACCCUCUCAACGCUCAGCAAGGACGUCGACCUCAAAGGCGUCAAUGUGUCCAUUGGUGACCGCGAGCUCCUCGAAGACUCGCGCCUGUGGUUCAAGGCAGGGACGCACUACGGCCUCGUGGGGCGUAACGGCGCCGGCAAGUCGACCUUGCUCAAUGUGAUCGGCGACAAGUCCCUCGUCGGGUUCCCGGAGAACAUCCGCACGCUCUACGUCCAGCAACUGGACGUGCUCGACACGGCGCAAUCGGUACUCGACGCGGUCCUCGCGGCGGAUGGCGACCGGCUGAAGCGGCUGCACGACGUCGGGGCGAUCGAAGAGGCGACGGCGUCGGGCGAUGCCACCGCACUGCACGCAGCUAUCGAGGGCUAUAUCACCAGAAUAGCGCACGAGAACAUCUUCCUGGCGCAGAAGACGGCGACGCUGCGCUCCGGCACGCGUGGGAAGAAGGCGCGCGGAGUCGCGCUCAAGGCCGAGCAGAGUAUGGUCAAGGAGGUGCGGGACGAGCUCUACGGCGCUGGCGACGCCGCCCCCGACGCCGAGGUGGCCGCCAAGGUGCUCGAGAAGCUGUAUGCUGAGCUCGACGCGACAGACGCACACUCGGCCGAGGCACGCGCCCGCGCCAUCCUCGGCGGGCUCGACGUCACCGAGGCGAUGCAGGACGGGCCGGUAAGCGCGCUGUCGGGCGGUUGGCGCAUGCGCGUGGCCAUCGCCAAGGCCAUGUUUGUGCAGCCUGACGUGUUGCUGCUCGACGAGUGCACGAACCACCUCGACCUGGCGGCGAUUGCCUGGCUGCAGGAGUACCUCAAGAGCCUGGACGACAUCACCAUUGUGUGCGUGUCGCACGACCGCGACUUCUUGAACGCCAUCUCGGAGGAGAUCAUCCGGCUCAAGGAACGCAAGCUCACAUACCACCCCGGCAACUAUGACGAGUACGAGCAGACCGAGGACGAGCUGCGCAAGAAGCGCGAGCGGCAGCACGAGGCACUCGAGCGGCGCAAGGAGCACGUCAAGAAGUCGAUCGAGGGGUUCGUCAAGCAUGCGCAGCGGACACAGGACUCGAAGGUGCUCAGCCAGGUCGCGUCGCGAAACAAGAAGCUCGAGCGCAUGGCGGGCAUCGACAAGACGGAAGACGGCAAGCGGUUCAAGGUGUCGUACUGGGCUGGUUUCCACAGCACGCUGCGGCCCGAGAUCGAGCUGCUGCAGGUUGAGAAGGAGGUUGAUUUCAAGAUCCCCAACCCCGAGCCUCUGCGGGCGUCAGGCCCGCUCAUCAACCUCGCGGGCGUGUCCUUCUCGUACCCUGGCAAGAAGCGGCGCGUGCUCAAGAACAUCAGCUUGUCCAUCAUGCCCAGCGACCACAUUGCGCUGCUCGGCCUGAAUGGAUGCGGCAAGUCGACGCUGGUACAGAUCCUUGAGGGGGGUCUGACACCGACGCACGGGACUGUCGAGCGGCAGCCGCGCCUAAGGAUCGGGCACUACACGCAGCACUUUGUCGACGAGCUGAGCGGCGUAGCCGAGCCAGCACUCGCGCUGCUCAUGACCCGCGCCGUGGCGUUCCACGCCGAGUUUGGCCUCGACCCGCCAAAGGAGGGCGACCUGCGCCGCUGGCUCGGCAGCUUCCAGGUCUCGGGCGACCUGGCGACGCGGCCGGUCCACACGCUCAGCGGUGGGCAACGUGCGCGCCUCGCCAUGGCGCUCAUGCUGUACGACCAGCCGCACAUGCUGCUGCUUGACGAGAUCACCAACCAUCUCGACAUGUACACUGUUCAAGGGCUGGUGACUGCGCUCACAGAGUACGAGGGGACAGUGGUGCUGGUCACGCACGACCGGCACUUUGUGCGCGAGGUCGCGGACGACGUGUACGUCCUCGACGGGGGGCGUCUGACGCAUCUCGAGGGCGGCGUGGACGAGUACGUCGCGCAGUUUGAGUAGGAACGUGGAUCGGGGAUGUUGUAGAUUAUGCACUGGCCAUCUGCUCGACGGCACCGCGGCCGAGUGUGGUUGUAGGAGUUUCUCACCGCAAGACACUCCGACCGGACGUCGGUCAAUUUAUUACGUCGCUGUUGUUGUGUUCGUCGACAAUCCGGUCGUGCUCGCCAUACGGCCGCGAGUGCGUCGAGCAUCGAGUGCAUCCACACCAGCACAGGCAGGUGGGUGCAUGGCGAGCGACUGGGUGCUGCUGAUUCGUGGGGAUCAACAAAAUGCACUAACGAGCUCCCCGCGCUAGACUCCGCGAUAGCGACAGAGGUCUUGGCGGGCCUGGGCUGAUUACGACGUCGUGUCGUACCGCGUGUGCACGCGUCGGAGCCAUGCUGACACAGGUCUGUCGGGCUGAGCCAGCAUCGGGAGGCGGCCGCUGCAAUGGCGAGCAAGAGGAUGCAAGCAGCGAGCAAGGGGGGUGUAGCGGUGGCGAGAAGACGGGCGGGCGGCGAGGGAGACUUGAG